GAGGGGGAGAAAAGGGGAGUAGAGAAGGGGACAGAGGAGAGAACCAUACAGAGGGACCAGCAGAGACAUAGGACCAGACCCAGAGACUCGGGCAGGAGAGAAACAUAUCAAGAAUGAACAGCAAUUAUCUGUGUUUGCUGCUCCUCGCUGUUUUGACAACCGUGCUGCCGGUGCGGGGGACUGUCAUUAACCGUAGGGACGUUGAUGAAGGCGAUACAGCUACUCCAGCCCCUGACGCAGAUGACUCUGCGGACAAAGUUACACCAACCACUGGAGACUGUAAGGAGGUGGAGUAUCCCUGCACUCGGGUGUACUCCGUACAGAAGCCGGUCAAGCAAUGCAUCAGCUACUUGUGUGUCACCAGUGUACGUCGUGUAUACAUGGUGAACAAAGAGAUCUGUAAGCGGCUUAUGUGUAAGGAGCACGAAGUUAUGGAAGAUGAAAAGUGUCGCCAGCUAGCCGGACUUCCGCCACGGCGCCUCCCGCCACCAGAGGAAGAGACUGUGGAUGGAAAUUAAGCAAACUAAAACUGCAAUGAACCUCAAUUAUAACCCAACCCAGUAUUAUAAAGCCAAACCCUGUGCCCCAGUUUAAAGAGCACUGACUUUAGAUUAAAGAAUGCCACUUUUAUAUCCUUACACUCCCUUGUUCCUAGUAGUAGUAUUAAGCCGAUGUUGUGGAUUAUUUACUGUGCCUGGCAUUGAGUGACAACCAGUGGCACUAUGGGGUUGACAAUGGAGCAGACCAUUAUCCUGCAACUCCUUUCAUCAAAAGCCUUCUUUAUGGAGUCAUGUUCAGUCAUGACCAAUAGUACCAACAGUACUGCUGACUGGUGCUUGAUCAUUCACACACAGUGGGAACAUAUAAUGAGAGGCCUAUGGGUUUUUUUUGAUUGCAGGGUAUGCCCACCUUCUAAAAUGUGUAGGCUUCCAUUGCUGACCUCCUUCUUAAAAUUCUAGUUCCCUUGCUGUCGCGCUGAUCAGUGUUACAAAGUUACCUUGUACAGUCUGAAUGAUCACUGAGGAGUGGAGACUGAGGACAUUUUUUCACCUAUCUGCAACAGACUGAUGGCAUGAUUCCCUGAGGUUUUUAUGCUCUGCUUGAACACUGUGGGUUGGGGCUCAAAAGUGUUUUU